AUCUGGUUUUUAUAAAGUCAGGAAUUCACGUAAAACAACUCACCAGGAACUGUACAUGGAAAGAAACCAUGUGAACAAAAGUAUCGGACCUUAACUUAGUUACAAACCCAAACUGUGUGUCACCACAGGGUUUUAAUUUUGCUGUCCCAUAAAGGAAUCUGUCAUCACAGUCGGACAGGUACUGUCAGACAAGGCCCUGACUGUGUUGUACAGGCUACACUAUAGUGGACGUGGUUACAAAUUGAAGGUGGAGGGUGAGGCUGUAUACCGUGCCGUUACUAUAGCCAGUCAGGCCAACUGUCCACUCUACGCAUGUAAGAUCAUGAGCCGGACAGCUGCCAAUGUCGUAGGAAAGGUAAUGUUCGGUGAGCCGAUUGCUGCUAGUCUUGGUACGGACGGAACCCACUACUGGAACAAGUACUGGAGACACGGGGCUGGACAUGUGAUGGGACCACCUCUCAGACCAGACCCCUCCACUCCGGGCUACCUCAUGGACCUCCUAGCUAAUAAUGACCUCCAAGUGACCGGAACAGAUAACUGCACCUUUAACGCUGACCAGAAGGCAUUGUGCAAGGAUGAGUUUAGAAAGAUUCCUAACAGUGUAAAUGGUGUUGAGGACAGAAUGUCUGACAUCUGGGAGAAAGGAGUUGAAACAGAAACUGAAAGUAACAGAUAGCCAUGGAAAGUGUUUUUUUUGGAUAGCCACAAACCCAAAUAUUAACAGCAGAGAACUAAAAGAGAAGUUUCAGGAGUCAUUUGGUGCUUUGGUAUCGGACUCUUUAAUGAGGAGAGUACAGAGGAAGCUUGGUUGGCAGACCCGAACAACCAUCCAGUAUUGCCAAUUGAUCACCAAUAUGAUUAAGAAAAGAAGACCAGAAUACAGCCUAAAUGCUCUGGGAAAUAGAGAGGAUUUUAAAAAUGUUGUUUUUGUUGAUGACUCCAGCGUGGAGAUGAGCAGUAGUGGGAAGAUGUAUUUUUACAAAAAUGGAAAUUGUUUUGACCGGUUACCAACAAAAGCACCAAAACCUAAGCAUGCCUACAAGAGGAUGCUGAUCAAUAUGUUAUUGAUGAGGACUUGAGAUGAUGGUAUAUGAUCAUAAUGACAAUCAUACCGUGUGGAGGAUGAGGAUUUGAGAUGAUGGUAUAUGAUCAUAAUGACAAUCAUACCGUGUGGAGGAUGAGGAUUUGAGAUGAUGGUAUAUGAUCAUAAUUAUAAUCAAACAGUGCACACCGUCCAAACAGAAAAAAAUGAUUGUUGGGUUCAAGUAAAGUUCUUUCGCCAAAACGGUCACGGAAUUAGAUUUGGGGAAAAAAUUUGAAUUGAUAAAUACAUCGGAAAUAUUUCCAAAACCAACUCAACUAAGGACCUUUCCCAACUGUAUGCAAAACACUAGAUUUUUGUGUGUAAACUGACAAAAUAUAUAGUUUGGUCACUGUGGCAUCAGGGUUACAUUGUAGACAGGUUAUACUGUAUAUAUUUUAUGUUUUUUUUAAAUCUAACCGGUUUCCAGUUCAAAAUUCAACUUUAUUUCUCUUUACAACAUUAUAAAAUAAAUGUACAGAGAAAACAUAUUUACAACAGUAUACAAUAUCAAAUGUAACACUUAAGUAUAUAUGGAGGACAAAUCAUGAUACUUUUUUUAACAAAAUCUGGAUAAUUUGCAAACAUUUCUAAUAUUUUUGUUAAACAUUGUUUGUAUCUAUUAGUUCUGAGGACAUUAAAAUAUUUGGCAUUACAUAGUAGUAUUUGUAUAAAUUUAACUUCCUUUCUGUUUUAACAACAAGUAGUGAAAUUCAUCACCAAUGUCUUGGGUAUCGCAAUAUGUGCAUAUUCUGUUUUGGUGAUCACUACACUACUACUGUAUAAACAUCGGAAUACUAGUUCUAAAUUAACAAUACAAUUUGUUCAUUUUCAGUCAACAAUUCGAGAUAAUUUUCAAA